CCUCAAUCUCCAUCUCUCAACUUUAGGAAUCAUGACGUUGAAGACUCCCUUUGGCCGCGCUAUGCGCGAGACUCAUUUCAACUUCUCGCCUUCGUACACUCCUCUAAAUCACGGCUCUUACGGUGCUUAUCCACGCUCUGUCCAAGCCCAACAAGAUGCCAUCCAAAGACAGCUUGCCGAGCGCCCGGAUACCUUCAUUGUUUAUGAGCUGCCCAACUUGAUUGAUAAAUCCCGAAGAGCUGUGGCACCGCUCCUCGGCGUCCCAGUGGACGAAGUGGUAUUCGUGCCUAAUGCGACAACAGGGGUCAACACCGUUCUUCGAAAUCUGAAGUAUGAGGAGGGAGAUGUGAUUGUGCAUUUUAGUACCAUUUAUGGGGCGUGUGAAAAGACUAUUGCCUCCAUUGGCGAGAUGACGCCUCUGGUUCCCGUGUGCAUUCAACUGGAGUAUCCGAUUGAGGAUGCGGAGAUUCUAAAGAGGUUUAGGGACACAGUUAGCCAAGCGCGGAGAGAAGGAAAGAAUGUCAAGCUAGCCAUGUUUGACACUGUUCUGACAUUUCCUGGUGCCAGGAUGCCGUGGGAGGAUCUGGUAAAGGCAUGUAAGGAACUGAGGGUUUUGAGUUUAAUUGACGGUGCUCAUGGUAUUGGGCAUAUCGAUUUAACACAUCUGGGGAGCGUGGGGCCGGACUUCUUUGUCAGCAAUUGCCACAAGUGGCUCUAUACUCCUCGCGGCUGCGCAGUCUUCCAUGUACCAGCUCGCAACCAACAUCUUAUACGCACCUGUCUGCCAACUUCUCAUGGGUAUCAAUAUCCAUUCGAAAAACCUGAGCCAACUGGAAAAUCCCCAUUUGUUCAUCUCUUUGAGUUUGUAGCCACUAUCGACUACACGCCAUACCUUUGCGUUCCUGCGGCCAUCGAGUUCCGGGAAAGAAUCUGCGGGGGUGAAGAAACCAUAAGAAAAUACUGUUGGGAAAUCGCACGCGUUGGGGGAAGAAGAGUUGCAGAGAUCCUCGGAACAUAUGUGAUGGACAACGAAGGCAGUACGCUUUCAAAGUGCUGUUUCGCUAAUGUGAAACUGCCAUUAUUUUUCAAGCUUGACGGAGCCCUUCAACAGAGAAAGCAGUUCAGUGUUGGUGAGGCGGGUAAGAUUCAGAAAUGGCUCAAUUUUACAGCUGUCAAGGAGUUUGAUACAUAUCUUCAGAUCGCCUUCCAUUCCGGAGCGAUGUGGGUAAGACUCAGUGGUCAGAUAUAUCUUACGUUGGAAGAUUUUGAAUGGAUUGGGUUUAAAUUAAAAGAGUUAUGUGCCAGACUAAACAAGGAUGAAGUUGUAUUCUGAGUUGUUCAGAUGAUAUACCCUUCAAGAACUCUUGACUGCCGGGGAGUUAGAUAUAUAUAUAACAGUCUUGUGUAAAUGAACUCAACCAAAUAAUUGGCAACGAG